AUGCAACGAAGUCCUGCUGAAGGUUACCAACAAGCGUCGCUUUCCGAGCAAAAAGUGGACAGUGAAGACUUCAUCCAAACAGAUGUCUGCCCCAAAGCUGGAGAUGUUAUCUUGGAUUUAGGCUGCGGUACAGGAGAACUGUCUGCAUACCUAGCUGAGUUGGUAGGACCCGAAGGAAUGGUUACUGGUGUAGAUCCUGACAAGGAACGAAUUCAACUGGCCAAAGAAGCGCACAGUCAAAUUGAGAAUCUCUCGUUUGUAGAAGGGAGUGCCAUAAACUUCCCAGGAAUUGGUUCUAAAGUCUACGACAUCAUUUUCAGUAAUUACGCUCUUCAUUGGAUGACUAACAAGCAACAAGUCUUCAACAACAUGUUUGAAAGUCUUAAGGUUGGUGGAAAAGUAGCAGUUCAAUACAUGUCCUAUCUACCCUUGUUUGAUUACAACGCUUACGUGCUACUGAAUCCGGAGAACGCAGAGCGUAUUUUUCGUUUGUUUCAUUUUGAGUCAAAGACGAAGAUUGAACGCUAUUGUUUAUUGGCGGGAUUUGAUGAAAUUAUUCGGAGUUUUGAUACCCACUGCAAGGGGCUUGUGUUUGAAACCGUUCAAGAGUUUCUCGAAUGGCAAUGGUCGACUACAUGUGGCCUGUUUGAUCCUUCCCUUGUCACUGAAGAGCGAUUGAAGAAGUAUCUGGGUCCCUACACUGAUGAAGACGGAAAGCUCUCUCUCGACUUUCGAGGAACGAAACAUGAAAAGGUUACUGUUUGCCGACUAACAGCCGUUAAGAAAGACAAAGAACAUUUAUAA